AUGUCCACCCGCCCUCUUGCUCUAAUUACCGGUGCCAACCAAGGGAUCGGUCUCGCCGUAGCCCAAAGCCUCGCCAGAGACCAUUCCUUUCGCGUGCUCAUUGGCUGCCGUAACAUCGACGCCGGUGAAAAGGCAGCAUCUGAGCUUCGCAGUGACGGCCACGAAGCCUCGGCCAUUGAACUUGAUCUCACCUCUUCGGACUCCAUCCAGGCUGCAAUUUCCCGGAUCGAAAAGGAUCACGGCUACUUGGACGUCUUGAUCAACAAUGCUGGCAUCCUCAUUGAUGUCGAUACUUCACUUAGUACCUGGGAUCUAUUCCAGAGGACUUUUUCCACCAAUGUCAUCGGCCCAGCUACUCUCACAGAGGGUCUGCUUCCCUUGCUGCGCAAAGCCGAGGUAGGGCCUCCACGCCUUGUUUUUGUCAGCAGUAUCAUGGGCAGUCUGGGGGUAUCGACAGACGAGACUAUGCCUUGGUACAACAUUGAUUACAAGGCCUAUGACGCAAGCAAGGCGGCCGUCAAUAUGCUGACAAUCAACUACAACCGCAUUUUGGCGGACACGGCUGCACGUGUCAACUCAGCUUGCCCUGGGCUUGUCAGGACGCAGCUGACCGGGUACAUGGAAGGCGCAACAACUACAGACCUUGGAGCUAAGCGUAUUGUUGAGUUGGCUACUCUGGGGCCUGAUGGGCCGACGUGUACUUUCAGCAAUCUCCAGGGACCCAUUGCUUGGUAG